AUGGUGGUUUCACUAUUUGAUCUCUCCCUGUCCCUUGACUCUAUUCGUUUGUUUCUCCCACCUCCCCACCUCCUCACCCUCCAUCUCCCCACUCUCCCUUCCCAAUGUGUGGAUCAAUCAUUCACUCACGGUGGGCGAUGGCGUCUACGCCUGGAUGUACGAGCGCCAGCAGCCUGUGUGGCAGACCAUCCUCUCCUUCCUGCUCGUCUUUCCCCAGCUCAUUCUUCCUCUCUGCCUCUCUCCGUCCUCGUCUUGCCAGGAUCAAGCAUUCACGGUGGACGAUGGCUUCUACGCCUGGAUGUACGAGCGCCAGCAGCCCAUAUGGCAGACCAUCCUCUCCUUCCUUCUCCCGGUCUUCACAGUCGCCUGCUGCCUCUUCCCCGUCUUCCCCCACUGGUGCAAGCUCGCUGUACUCUACUUCCUCCUGGGGCUUAUCGCCCUCAUCUUCCUGCUGCUGUUUGGUUUGAUGCUCCUAGAGGUCUUCACUGUCUCUUCCCCGUCUUCCCCCACUGGUGCAAGCUCGCUGUACUCUACUUCCUCCUGGGGCUUAUCGCCCUCAUCUUCCUGCUGCUGUUUGUGCGGGUGGCGGUAUUCGGAGUCAUCUGGCUGGCGGUGGGCAAGCGCGCCUGGUUCUUCCCCAGCAUCCUAGCAGAGGAGGGCUCGCUGGCAGAGCUUUUCCGCUUCUGGCCGGAUAAGGACGACCAGCCGCCCGCAAAGAUCACCACGCGGCUCGCGGUGGCUGUGAUGCUGGGGUUCACCUUCUGGCUCAUGGUCACCUAUGCUCCCGAUCAAGAGCAACGAGCCAAGUACCAGAAGAAGGUGUCCAACAUCAUUGACGACGUCUUACAAUGGAAACCGCAGAUGCUUGCAGGGAAGACAACGCCAGCCGCCCCUGUCAAUGCCACAUCAGCAAAUCAGACCUCUGCUAACGCCACUGCUGACAAUUCAACAACUCCCAACGCAAGCGCAGAAGCAGCUGAUGUCAAGACAGGUGCCACCAGUGGUGCCAGUACUGAAAACAGUGGCAGCUUCGAUGCCAGUGCUGGCAAGGAGGAUGUGGCUGACGACGAGCCUGUGGAUCCGAAGCCCGAGAUUGAGGAGGGGUGCCGGCCGAAGUGUGUGAAGCAGCUACUCGCGUACGAGGCUUGUGUGAAGAGGAUCGAAGGCGACGAGACUGGGGAGAAGCAUUGCACUGGCCAGUACUUCGACUACUGGGCGUGCAUUGAUAAAUGCCGUCGCAAGUGGAUUGCGGAGCAGAUGCACGGCGUGCAGGACAAGCGACUGACCGAAAUAGAAAAAGAGUUCCAGAAGGAGCAGGAGUAUUUCAAACAAACGGCGCUGCUCUCAAAGCAACAAAAGGCCAAAGCAGAGGCGAUGCAGUCCGUGUCCUUCCUCUACAUGAAGCCUCCCGGGUACAACGCUGAGAGUGCGCGGGCGGCGGAGCUUGCAGAGGAGGAGAGGGCGAAGCAGGAGAACGAGGGGAAGAUGGUACUGGAGGGGGGAGGAGUGGGGGAAGGAGGCGGAGGGGAAGGUGGGGAAGGAGAGGGGGGAGGAGGGGAGGAUGGGGGUAUGGGUGCGGAUGGAGCGUUGGUGGUGGCAGAGGCAGGCACUGAGCCGCCUGAUACUGACGGGGGCAAGGAGCAGAAGAAGAAGAAGAAGCCCCGAGCCACGGACGUGUUUGGUCGAGCCGUGCCCACCGGAGACGACUUUGAAGUGCUCAAGAACGCGCCCAGGUUGGACACAGGAAUCAUAGGCCGGCCGCGCCCCUUCGGGCUCGAGUUGAGGAAUGUCAAGUGCGGGCGGUGUGGGGGGAUAGGGCACAGCAGUGGCGAAAGGGAGUGCCCUCUGUUUGACUCCGUCACUGAAAACGACCUCAAGCGCCAGCAGCGGGAGGACCCGCUCUCUCACAUCCUCGCCCUCAACCGCCCCCAGCCGUUUGGGUGGCAGCUGAAGGAGCAAGGGGCCGGCGGCAUGAGCCCCGUCCGGGGCGGCUUCAAGCCAAACGAUGCCAACCAGCAGAUCCUGCCGCCCAGCGACGACGAGAACGAGGGCGUGUUCGACCAGUAUGGGGGGUUCCUCCUUGGAGGAGAGGCGGAUGUAGCAGCAUUGGCUGCAGGAGGGGUUGGAGGUAUUGGAGGGGGAGGGGUGCUUAUGCCUGGUCUUGGCUCUUCUGUGUUAGACUCGCUGACGAAGCAGCAGCGCAAGGAGUUGAGCAGGGCUUUAAGGAUGAAGGAAAAGGAGGAGCGGAGGAAACGGAGGAAGAAGAAGGAGAGGAGAGGUGGGGGGGAGGGUAAGAGUAAGAGCGGGCGGGAGAAGAGGAGGAAGAAGGAGAAGAAGAAGGGACGUGGGGGGCGGAGGAGCCGUCACCAUCGCAGAAAAUCAGAUUCUGAUUCAUCGUCUGAUACAGGAUCGGAUUCUUCAGAAUCGGAAUCAGAUUCUGAAUCGAGCUCAGGGGAUGAGCAGACUGCUAGCUCUAGUGACAGCAGUAGGAGUGAGAGCAGUGGGAGUGACAGCAGCUGCAGCGACAGGAGUAAGAGGAAGCGGAGACGAGGAUCGAAGAGAAAGAGGUCGCAUGAGAGGAAGGGGAGGGAGAAGGAGAAGCAGAGGAGACGUGAGGAGGGAGGUCCAGGGCCUAGGGAGGAGAAGAAGGAAGAAACAAGCAAGAGUAGGGUAGAGAGCAGGGUAGAGAUCAAGAUAGAGAGCAGGGAGAUCCAGACGGGUGCUACUGCUGAUGCUGGUGAGCGUCAUAGUUCGAGGAUAGAGGACGAGGAUGGAGAGGAGAAGGGGAAAGAGGAAGCAGGCGCAGUCGACGUCAUUGCAGUCUCCCCGAAGCUUCCUCACGUCAAAUCCGCCCUGGAGCGCCUUCUCAAAUCCUCCUCGUCCGCCGGUCCCGACCCGAUCUACCACCGUCCGUCUCCGUUCAUCAUCGUCCAAUCAGCGGCGUCCUCGUCUCCACCGUUCGAAUCCCCAUCAUCGCCCAACUCCCACUCCGCGUCGCCCAACAUGCUCUCUCCCGCAACCUCGAGCAGCAGCGAUCUCUCUUCUAACUCCACCGGACUCGACGUGCUUGCGCCGACCACUCCAUCCACUGGCGCGGGUGUAGUCGACUCAUCCAUGGCGGAUAUGAAAAGCAGCGUGUACGCUUCGGACGAGUUUCGGAUCUACAGCUUCAAGGUGCGGCCGUGCUCGCGCGCGUACAGCCACGACUGGACGGAGUGCCCGUUCGUGCAUCCGGGGGAGAACGCCCGCCGGCGCGAUCCGCGCAAGUUUCAUUACAGCUGCGUGCCGUGCCCAGAUUUCCGCAAGGGGUCGUGCAGGAGGGGGGACUCGUGCGAGUACGCGCACGGCGUGUUCGAGUGCUGGCUGCACCCCGCGCAGUACCGAACCAGGCUUUGCAAGGACGGCACCAGCUGCUCCCGCCGCGUCUGCUUCUUCGCGCACACGUCCGAGGAGCUCCGCCCGCUGCAGAGCCCCGCCGCGGGCACCCCCGCCAACAUGUUUGCGCACUCCCCCGCGGACAUGCGCGCAGUCACCUCUUCCGCCGACCUCCCCCCGCCUUCCCCCUCCUCCGUCCGCAUGAUGUCGCAGUUUGCGCCGCAUAGCGCAACCAGCUCUUCCCCCACUGCCCCCAUCUCCCCAUCCAUAGCCACGUUUUCCGCGUCCGGAAAGUGCAUACCUGGGGGAGGUCAGUCCACAGGCGGGGGGGGACACGGGGGAACUGCGCCGCUGAGCCUGUCGUCGGGG